CCAGUCUCCUGCUACUGCGUAUCUAUACUACGAGUUUGCAUUUUCAUUCGGCGUAGUAUUUACACGCCAAAGUCACAUUUGGCGUAUAUAUGGUACGCAAAACCCUCCCGUUAAACUUCCAUUGAUAGAAAAUGCGUAUGUAUUGCACGCAGAAAUUUAUUAUAGUCAACGUCAUCAUCAUCGUCCCGCCCCUUCAAUCGAACGAAGAUUCACGAUUUCAUCUCGUGCAGGUGCCGAAGCAGCAUAUGCAGAAAUAUUGAUUUAGAAUGCUUAUUUAGAAUAUAUAUAUAUUUUUUUACAGAAACUUAUUGUAGGCUAUAUAACUUACUCAUCAUCUCUAGUGGGGACGAAUGUUGCUACUACAUAAUACAGUUUAAUUCUAAACAAUCCCCGACGGGGAAAGAAAAAUGCUUGCAGAAGCAUCAUUAAUUCAAUGUGAAUUAAUUAUAUGUCUGCUUUAUUUAAUCUGCUCUCUGCUUUUCUUUCUUUUUUUCUUUUUUUGCUUGUUUAAUGUUACACGAAUUUUUGUUUCUUUGUUUGUGAUUGUAUUUGUAAUAGUAAAAGUAUUAAUAAUAAAUAAAUAAAUAAAUAUAAAAAGUGUAUUGCCAUGAUUUUUAGUCCUUCGCUGUUUCAGGAACCACCCACUCCCGCUUGGAAACCAAUCAAAUGUUUGAACAUUUUUUAGCGCCAUCAUCAAUGUCCCGCCUCCUCAUCGUGCGACCUCGUGCAUCAUCAUCAAAGUCGUCAAUCAUCAGAAUACCCAAUCCAAAUGCCAGGUUCAACUUUACGCCAGUGUCCACAUUGCCGGAUCAAGAUGAACUGCCGACACCGGUCCUGUGUUAAGUGUGGAAAAUUGCUUGAUUUUAAAUAUAAGCAAUCAGUGCGUUUGGCAAAAUUUCGUGACCAGGCCCAUCAGUGGGCUAAAACAACAGUUAAGUCACGGAAUCAAUCAAAAGUCUUUGACAAUUUAGCCAUCAUGAUGGAAAAACUUAAAGUGCUGGGAUACGUUCCUCUUCUGCUACUGGGGAAGUGUUCAAAGGCCCAUAGGUGGACAGCGGAGGUCCAGUGUCCCUUUGAGUUCCCACCUGAGGGACAUAAGGUGAUGGAAAAAAUGCUCAUACUCUUUGAGCAUAUUUUACAAGGUUUUGGUCCAGAAAAAGAACAAGAGGUCACAGAAGGUAAUGAAGCAGAAAGGCAGGACUUGAAAGAGACUGUAGAAGAUGAAGAGGACAUUACACUGGAGAACAAUGUAGAAGUGGAAAGACUGGAGGAUGAAGAGCAGAUCGAAGAACAACAGAUAGAAAGUGGGGAGGAAGAACCAGAGAGGCCUGUUGAGGAACAGAGUUUCAAAAGUCCAGAAAAAGAACAAGAGGACACAGAGGGUGAUAGGACAGAGAGUCAGGACAUAAACGAGGCUGUAGAAGAUGAAGAGAACAUUUUAUCAGAGAACAAUGUAGAAUUGAGGAUGAAGGAAAGAUUGGAGGAUGAAGAGCAGAUCGAAGAACAACAGACAGAAAGUGGGGGGGAAGAACCAGAUAGGCCUGUUAAUGAAGAAGGGGAAAUGAAAGUGACAAAAAAGACUAAACAGGCAAAGGAAAUGAAGAAACAGGCAGAGAAACAAAAGAUUAGUGCACUUAAGAUGGAUGAAAUGGAUGAAAGAAAAGAGAUAGAGGGAGUCGUAUUAAAACCAGAUGGCAAAUCAGCUGUCAACAUGGCAGCCAAAAGAAAGCGCCAAAAAAAUACAGACACAGAAUGUCCAUUCCAUGCGUCUCUGGAUGUAUUUCCAGUGGAAUUUGUAUCUAAGACACGUCUCAGAAAGGGACGUAAGGAAGUGCUGGUGCAUUGGUUGCCAUGUCCAUCCUGUAGGAAGACAUGGCCACCCACCUGGCAGCCUGAAGAUCAUGUCCAAAUUACACUUACUCAAUGCUAAUUACAUUACUGGUACAUUAUGACCGUUUUUUUGUUUGUUUGUUUUUGAGCCACUGUUAUAGUGGACAAAUAAAGGUUUGUGUUUUCA